GAUAGACUCACUAAGCGAGGCCUACCACCCACACGGAGUAUCAUUCGAAAUAUCGCGUCGCAACUAGCUCAGAAGCAGCUCGGAUACCACUGGGUUGAUCGCUUUGUUCAUCGCAACUCGCAUCUUGUUAUACUUAAGCGCGCCACGCUAAUCGAUCGUAGCCGGCGCCGAGCUGAUUUAGAAAAGAAAUACCAGCUCUACUUCGAGCUUCUACGCCAAAAA